ACCCCCGGCUCCGCUCCAGCUCCGGUGGCGGAGCCCCGUGCCCGGCGGGGGCUCGGCGGGUGCCGGCCGCGAUGCGCGGGGGGGCCCUCAUCCUGCUCGGCCUCAUCGCGCUGUGCGGGCGGCGCGGGGCGCGGGGUGCAGGACCCCCCGAGGGGCAGCGUGGGGCCGGGCAGCCCCAGAGGAUGCACAUCAGCCAGGACCUGGUGGGACGCAGUCUGCUCAUCGACACACUGCUGGACAACGAGACGCGCAUUGUGGAGGACAACCACAGCUACUACGUGUCCCGCACCUAUGGGCCAGGGGCUGCGCGCCGCCAGGGGCUGUGGGUGGACAUGGCAGCAGCCGACAGCAGCCACGUGAAGGUCCAUGGGAUCCUCUCCAACACCCAUCGGCAGGCCUCGAGGAUCGUCCUCUCCUUCGAUUUCCCCUUCUAUGGGCAUCUCCUGCGGCAGGUGACGAUAGCAACUGGAGGUUUCAUCUUCAUGGGGGACGUCAUCCACCGCAUGCUGACAGCCACGCAGUACAUCGCACCGCUCAUGGCCAACUUCAACCCCAGCUACUCCCGCAACUCCACCGUGCAGUACUUGGAUAAUGGCACGGUCUUUGUGGUGCAGUGGGACAAGGUCUACCUCCAAGGGAAGGAGGACGUGGGCAGCUUCACCUUCCAGGCUGCCCUGCACAGCAGCGGCAGGAUCGUCUUCGGGUACAAGGAGAUCCCGGUGCCCGUCCUGCAGAUCAGUGCUGCGCAGCACCCCGUCAAGGCUGGGCUGUCUGAUGCCUUCAUGGUCCUCAAUGCAUCCCCCGAGGUGCCCGCUCCCGCUGCAGAGUCGCGCCGCCGGACCAUCUACGAGUACCACCGCGUGGAGUUGGACACCAGCAAGAUCACCAACAUGUCUGCUGUGGAGUUCACCCCGCUGCCCACUUGUCUCCAGCACCGGAGCUGUGAGGUGUGCGUGAGCUCCACGCUGACCUUCAACUGCAGCUGGUGCCACGUCCUGCAGAGGUGCUCCAGUGGCUUCGACAGGCAUCGUGAGGAGUGGCUGUCCUACGGCUGCGCCCAGCAGGCAGACACCAAGAGCUGUGAGGACUUAGCAGAGGACGACCGCUACUCGGCCCCCCCCGACGGCUCCUCCUCACCGCUGGAUGAGGACAUCGCCACCCCCACGGCCUCACUCUUCAUUGACAGCCUCACUACAGAAGACGACACGAAGCUCAACCAGCAGGCAGGCAGUGAAGGUGUGGGAAACGACCUCCCUUCCGCUGCGGUGGGUGCCCCCAUUCACACCGGGACCAUCGUGGGCAUCGUGCUGGCUGUGCUGCUCAUCGCAGCCAUCAUCCUCGCUGGGAUCUACAUCAACAGCCACCCCACAUCCAACGCUGCCCUCUUCUUCAUCGAGCGAAGGCCACAUCGCUGGCCUGCCAUGAAGUUCCGCAAUCACACCAACCACGCCACGUACUCCGAGGUGGAGGCAGCCAGCCACGAGAAGGAGGGCUUCGUGGAAGCAGAGCAGUGCUGAGCGCUUCUCCCCCUGCACCUCCGACCUCCCCAGCUGUUGGAGUCUUCUGUUAUCCCAUCGCAAAGUCUUUCCCCUGUUGGAAAAGGAGGAGCAAGUAGAGGAAAAAGACCCGAUGGAGCGUUGGAGAAGGAGUCGGGGCUCUUUCCUCCCCCAGCCAAGCACCAGCUUCUCUGCUCUGCUCUGCAAGGAUGGAAAACCUGUUUUAUUCUAAGAGCAAAACCCUUCGAAGGAUUCGCCUUCAGAAUGUCCGUGAGCCGUUGGCUCUGAGGCACGUUCUGCCAUCCCGUUAGUUUGCUCAGUUGGAAGCUGUGACUCUCACCCUGAAGGAACCAGAGGCUGAAGGGGAGAAAUGAUAUCUUAGGCUCCUGCAAAGCCAUGGCAUGGCCACACAUCCAGCAGGGGAUGGGGACAGAGCUCUGCCGUGGUGGCACCCAGAGGUGACCCCAAGCACACCCAAGGGAGCUUCCCAUAGUGAGUAAUGAAGGCGUACGUGCCUUGAGAUCACUGAACAUCUGAGAAAUGCCUCAUUAACGUCCCCGUAUUCAGAGUGUUCUGAAGUCAAUGGGUUCCCUACGACUUCUCCUUGCCGUGGCAGUGAUGGGCCCUCGGUCUGCACUGAUGCUGGAUCAUCAAUUCCAGGAUCCGGCCCUCGGAGAGGGGCUCAGCACUGCACCCCUCGGGGCUGCUCUGCUCUUCUGGGCCAUCUGCAGAGAUGCUUACGCUGCUUCCACAGCCAGCAGGGCAGGGCUGGGUCCCAAACUGGGGAGAGGUGGCAUGAAAAGAAAAGGCCAAAGUCCAAUGCCAGGUAAAGUUUUCUUUCUCCUACCAAAAAAAAAAAAAACAAAACAACCCAGCAUUGGUUAUAUGGGUUAUAUUUUCUCCUUAUCUUUUGAUCCUCGGUUAUUUAUUCUGAUAUCAUCUUUGGAGCAUAUUUCAUCCGCUGGCUGGUUCAGCUGCCACCAGUGGUGCUCACUGCCAAAGGCAGGGUCUGUCUAAUUAAUGUUUUCCUUCUCAUCUGCUGAAUUUAUAUAGCCAUUAAAGAUAAAUAUGGAUGCUUUGUGGCAUUUAGACCCUAGAUUAUACUUCCUCAUACGUAGCCACGAGGGAGACUUUCGCUGCAUCUUAUUAUGGCAUAAAGGCACCAAAUGCUUUCACAGGGUAAGUCAGGCUGAGUCGUGCCAAGCUGUUACGAGCCAGGCAGUCUCUCUUUACGUACAUAUUGAAGAUAAACCUUUAAACCAAAUGAAGCUUUUGAUGGGAAGGUUUGGUUGUUUCCCUGAAGUAGAAAGAAGGGAGAAGAACGCUGUCCUUUAGUUUUUGCCCCGGAUGGUUUUAAGCUGGUGAGGAGUUUUCUCUGGAUUUCCACCUUUUUGAAUAAUGGCCUUAUUUCUAGUGAUUUUUCUUCGUAUGCACACACAAUAACAGCAAGGUUUGGAGGUAUUCCUCUUCCCCACAGCCUCUCAGAUGCGAGGUAACAUCCAGCAAGCCUGCAGUGCUGCGUGUUCGAAAGAAAAGAGACUUUAAACGCAGUGCAAUGGAGCUGUAUGAAUCACUGCUGCAUUACUGCAGGCAGAACCUCAAAGGGGUUCCAAGGAGGAUCAGAUACUCAGGUGGAGCAAAGCAACAUCCAAGUGCCAUAGCAUAGAAAUGAUGGAGACACGUGGAGGACGCUGUGGGACAGGCGUCAAGUUCUGAGUGCCUGCGGUCAGAAAGGCUUCAUUUUUGGGGUGUUUUUCCUGCUCAGAGCAAAGAACUGCAACCAAGCAGGCUGUGCUCUGUGUGGUCAGGUGUGGUGCUGAUGGCUCACGCCUUGGGGCAGAGCAGGGAGGUUCUGCCUGCAGUCGUGGGCAGAGGGGUCGGGUCCUGGCAGGGCGCACUGAGCUCAGCAGGGAGUGCUGUGCCACCCAUCCUCCCUUCCAUGAGCUGUGGGUGCUCAGAGCUCAUGCCUGGGAAGCCCAUGAGGCAGCAGGGACCAACCUUUGCACAUGGCUUUGUCGUGGAAGAGGUCAGCUGUUACAUUAAGACCCAACUGCAAGGCUGCUGUUGCCUAGAAGAAAGAGAGAAACGUCUUUACCAGCACUGCUGUCCUGCUGGAGCAGGGCGAGCUGCACCAGGCCCUGUGCAUCCCAUCGCCACUCUGAUAGGGGUUAAUCCUGCCCUCGGGUGCUGAAGCAAGAACACGAUGAGGACAAGCAGGACAUGAAAAGCAAAAUCAGAACCUUUUCCUCCUGACUCCUCCCAGUAACUGCAGGCCUGCCUUCCACAUACUUGAAUUUACAGCACAGUCGGACUCUUUAGGGGGACUAAAAGGCACUUUAACUGUCUUUCGAUGCAAUGUAUUUACUGUGGAUUAUCUGCAUGGAAUAUAGUCUUAAUAUUAAAAAAAAAUCUUCCUUU